UUUGGCCGCCUACGAGUAACAUCCCUGCUACCUCCCGACUCAACCACUCCCCCCACCCCUCCAACCAACCAACCCAUCGCGUUUUGCGAACCAUUCCACUUUCAGAAGUCACGCCGGAGAGGAGGAGGAAGACUCGAACGGCAUCAUCGACAUCACAGUCAUCAUCAUCAUCGAUAACCCCUUAUCACCACCAGCAGCAGCAAUGACCCAGUCAUCACCGCUCCAAGUUCCUUGAGUUGGUUCAGCAGCCGGCGUCUUACGCGGCCACGUCACCAGUAGCAGCCACAGCAGCAUCAUCAUCACCACCACCACCAUCAGCAGCAGUCGGAGUGCGUUGCACCCCAGGUUAAGAAGAACCACUGAUCUAAAGGCUUGCCCAAAAGUUGGAGAACAAACACAACUAAAAAGCACAGCUUCAAGGCGCUCACCCGGAGGUGCCUCCUGCAAUAACGAACAAGAACACUCGAAAGAGCAACCCCCAAACGAUCGCACGCGUCGCUCGUCAAACAGACCGCGCAGAUGGGGAACUUCAAGGGUCACGCCCUCCCCGGGAGCUUCUUCAUCCUGUUCGCCGUGUGGUGGGCCAUCAAGUACCCGCUCAGGUACCGCUGGCGGCAGCGCAAGCUGGGUGGUGGCGGCGGUGGCGGCGGUGGCGGCCCCACGGGGCUCCCGGCAUCGUGCGUCGCCAGCGAGAACCGCCUCGACAUCAUCGAGGGCGCCGUCAAGACGGUCUUCUCGAUCGUCGGCAUGAUGGCGGAGCAGUUCGUGCCGGACGGGCCGCACAUGCGGCUGUACAACCGGCAGGAGGGCGGGUGGGACCACCUCAUGAACUGGCAGCACACCACCAUGUACCUGUUCUUCGCCAUCUCGGGGGUGGCCGACAUCGUGACGCACACGUGCCGCGGCAUGCCGCUCCGCGGCCUGGACCGCCUCAUGCUGGCGCUCGCCGUCUUCGUGGAAGGCUACCUCUUCUACUUCCACCUGCACGGACGCACCAUGCUGGACGUGCACGUGCACACGCUGCUGCUGCUGCCCGUGUUCACCGGCUCGCUCACCAUCUUCCUCGAGGUCUUCCUCCGCGACAACGCCAUCCUCGAGCUGCUGCGCACCAGCUUUGCGCUGCUGCAGGGCACCUGGUUUUUUCAGAUCGGCUUUGUGCUGUACCCUCCGAACGGCGCACCCGAGUGGGACCAGGCGGACAUGGGGAACAUGAUGUUCAUCACCAUGUGCUUCUGCUGGCACUUUGCGGGCGCCAUCCUGUACAUCUCCCUCAGCUACACGGCCGUCUUCUGUCUAGGGAAUCUCAGAAACCGUGGUGUUCCGCACAUGGAGCUGGGAACUUUGCUUCCGCUCUCUAAGAACCACAACAAGGAGAAGGGGGCGCUCCUGGCGGACUCCGAGGAGGAGUAGACACACACAUGCAACACACACACGGAGCACGCACACACACACACACGGAACACACAUGGAACAAAGACAAACACAUGCCGAACUCGCAAUAGUCAUCUAUUUUGAAGUCCUCUCUCAUCACCUUCCCACACCCAUACAAUCACCCCACUCCUGACGCGCCAACUUACAAAAAGUCCACACUCACCCCUGACCACGUACAGGUGUUGCAGAAGGUGUGUGUAGGGCGGGGAGGGGGGGACAGGAGUAGCCCUCCUCCCCCCCGCCCCACACACAGCAAACGAUAAAAAGUUUCUGCAACAAGAUGGGAAAAAAAUAAUAGUCUUUACCCUUUCUGGCAAGAUUACAGAUGUUAAGAUAUUCAAACGCCAAAUAGACAUCUAUCACAAGGCAUCCAGGUGAUACUGGUGGCAAAACAAUGGCCCCAUAGAUAAUUACCGCGACAAAUCGGAGCACCCCGUCCAAUCGAGCGGUCUCCAUCCUCUGCCCCCUUCUCGCGAGUCCACAGUCUUGAUGAGCCGCUACACCGCUAGGCCUGUACAUUCACGAUUUGUAAAUAUGUAUAUUUUAUCCUGGGAGGGGGGGGGGGGCUGUGGAGGGGAGGGGCGGUGGAGAAGGGUGUGGAGCCCUCGCUCGUGCACGGGGGAAUCUCCGUGGCCGCCCCGCCGGGCGCGUUGGGGAGCCGCCACGUCCCACGCGGGAAGCGGCGGCUCGGAGGGCGCUGUGGGCGGCAGCGACGCCGGCGAGGAGGGAGGCCGCGCUCGUCUCCUCGCCCCCGGUCGCGCGAAACGAACCCCGGACCCUGCGACGAGUUGGGAAUUCACGAGCGCCGGCGAGCGUCCAGGAGCAACAGAGGCCGAUUUUAACCGCGGGGGGCCAAUUCCGCAUUUCUUAUUUUUUUUUAUUUAAAAAAAAAAGAGAUGGAGUGGUCGCCUCUGCUCUUUUCCGUAACAGUUGGGGCACACCGGACGUGCGACCCAGAGGGCGUCCGGUUCGAUGCGCACUCUCGGCAUGGCAGCUGAAACAACGGGCGGCCCGAACUCCUAGAGCGCACGUGUACGUCAUCGGAAUGGAAGCGGAAAAAAAAACUAAAGUAAUUUAUCGAUACCGAGGCUCCCACAAGGCCAUGCGUGAGGGCGUGCGGCACAGUUUCGCGCCAGCUAUCGUAGAGUGCGGUCGCGUCGCUACGGUUCUCUGCGGUGAGUACAGUGGGUCGUCUCGGAACGGGAAAGGGUUAGGUGGCGUCACCGCGGAGUUUCACGCGAGUGGCUUCCCCCCCCGAGGCUGUCCAAGUCGCAUCGUGGCCCUCGGUCGCCGCUGGGUGGCCCCAUGGAGCAGGACGAAGGGAACUCUCCCGGUCCUGUGCCUGCACCCCUGGUUCCAUCGCGGUUCAAACCACACCUUCGUUUCACACCCAGUACACAACAUCCAGUAUACAUCUCGCUAUGGGCUGUAGCAAUGGUAAUCAUGCGCCACCUAUGUUCAUUGAUCGGUAGACACGGAAUAUUUCAGUCCGCGCCCGGCCUACCCCAUCCAGUAUCCCCCUCGCUGUGGAUGUGGCUACUUGUCACCUGCCACCUACUCCAGCCGGAUACGAUGCAGGGAGACAAUGCACUGCUGUGGCAAUCAAAUGCUGCCGAUGUGCCCUUGGGCUUCUGGGAAAUGUGUGUGUGCGUUUCUAUCAAUUGCAAUUUACAAUCAAUUUGGGUAGAAAAUGAAGAGACAUGCUCACGCGAGAUUAGUGCGAAUGCAAUUUCACAAGAUCGUAAAAUUAAUCUUGCAACUAAUUGAAUUUUUUUUCUUUCAAUUAUGUAAAAAUAAAUGUAUUUUGUCUUUCGCUAGUUAAAAAUAACUCGUGCACAAGCCCCAAUUUUUUGUUGCAAUCUCACCUGGAUGUAACUAAAAGAAGUUGCUAAUAUUUAAAAUGCUCUUGGGGUGGCCCCUGGGUCCUCGCGCAGCCCACGUCGCGAAUCGGUUCAGGAAUCCCAGUGCGCUCUCGCGUGGGUCAACAAAGGGUCAACCCCCUUGAGUGAAGAGGCUACACGCCGCCUCCGUCAGACGCCAGGGCGCACGAAGCGCUCGCGCCAUGGACACCCGUGUCUGCCCUCGGGAGCGACGUCGCAAAUAAACCGUCCCCGAGGUGGCUCGUGCGGCCGAGCGAGGGAGCGAGCGAGCCGCUCGCGGUUUGAAGGUUUUCCAGUUCAAAAAUCUGGAUGGGUGGGCGGUUGACUCAGCCGCUCAUCCCUCCCGGGGUAGGCACACUGAGUGACCACCAACCACAUCGUCGGGACGUCAACAGCGGUUGUCCUAUGGAGAGACUCUCCCCCCCCCCCCCACCAUCACCUCCCCACCAUAGGAAUGUGUAAUUUCCACCACGGUCUCAGAGUUAUAAACGGGCAUUAACUCUGCCUCAAUGCUCGUUUGAGCAGGAAGUCACUUUGAUCUUUGGUACAGCCAUCUCUCGAGUCUGGUACAGCCAUUCGUGAAUUUGUCGUAAUCCUCGAGGCCACCUGAUGAUGUCAGCAGGUAAACUGUGCUGGCUUGCCAAUUUGUCUCUUCUUAUUACCGUGUGCGGGUGUGCGCUCCGGUAAUUAUUGGUCUUCAAUUGGUAUACAGUAUCUACGUACGUAGGCUCAAGCCUCAUGUAAUUCACGUGACUUCUGUGUGGCCACCCCCACUCUGAAUCUCUCGCCUCUCCCCGCCCACUGUGAAAACAGACGCCGCUCCCGUGUCGCCUCUUCUUCCCCGUCUUCGUAUCCCCUGACCCCGUGCUCCCGUUUCUCCGUCGCCUUUCCUCUCGUUUCUCAUUCCUUAUCUUAUCUCUUAAUCUUUCUCUUACCUCUCCCCUUUCCCGUUCUUCAAUGUUGUUUACACCAAUGCAUUCUACAUCCUCGACUCGACGCCCUUCCCGUGGAGCUUGUGCCACGGGCGAUAAGGUUUCAUGAAGUUAAACAAUUGUCUGCGAAGAUGGAUUGGACGGUUACAAAAUGGCAAGUACAUGUUGCAGCCACUCUUAUCAAUCCACGGCUGGAUGAUGGUCGUGGGGGGCGGGGGGGAGGGGACUUGACCAUGUUUCACCAAGCCAGUCGGCGCGGGGUCGUUUCCGUGCCCCCCGCGUCGACCUUCCGCGCCACCAACCCACGUGGACCGCAGUGGCGAAGUAUGGUCAAAUAACCCCCACGGCUCGCACGGGGUGGCACAGGCCCCUAUCCAGCUCGUGGAUUGGCAGAGGGCUCCUCUCUCCGUACACACACACGUGAAUGGGGACCGCACGUCGUGCGUUUUAUGUGUGCGAGCGGUUUGAAUCCGCGUAAUUGGAAAACCCAGCGUGUUGCCGAUUCCCAUUUUAAAAAUCUGUUUUUUUCUCUCCUUUUUCACGCUGAAAGUGUCUCCGUGUGUCCGUGCGCGAGCGGUGGCGCAGCGGUGAGCGCGCUGCUGCGCUACGAACCCCGUGAGCCCGAGUUCAGUCGUCGCUCACGGAGAAACAGCGGUGACGAUUAAUUAUCUGAACCGGUCCUUGGCCUCUCUUAGGUCGACUCAGCCUCCAAUGAGUACCCGGUGAUGAU